AUGGCAAACACAACCUGGAAGGCCGGAGUAAAUACAAGAUUCAAACAACCGUACGAUGUGCGCAAGAUGCUCGGUACCAUCCCCGACCCAAAUCGCUAUCGAUUACCCUUCAUGUGUACCGUGGGCGGUGAAAACGGUAGCCCGCUCCCAAAGGAGUUUGAAGCGAGCCAAAAAUGGCCCAAUUGUCCAUCGAUCACCGAGAUUCGAGAUCAAUCGUCUUGUGGUUCUUGUUGGGCUUUUGGGGCUGUUGAAGCUAUGUCCGAUCGUAUUUGUAUUGCAUCGAAAGGAGUACACAAACCACUUCUGAGUCCGGAAAAUAUGGUGGCCUGUUGCACCACAUGUGGUAUGGGUUGUAAUGGUGGUUUUCCGCCACAAGCAUGGAGAUACUGGAAGGACCACGGUGUGGUGACCGGGGAUCUGUACGAGUCCGAUGUGGGCUGUCAGCCGUACUCGUUUCCACCGUGUGAACAUCACGUGAUCGGACCACGACCACCGUGUGACAAAGAUGUGGUCACACCAAAAUGCAAGCACGAGUGCAGACCCGGUUACAAUACCAGUUAUGAAGACGACAAGUGGUACGGUGAAAAGGUGUACACUGUGCCGUCGGAUGAGAAACACAUCAUGAGAGAGCUAAUGACUCACGGCCCGAUGGAAGUCUCAUUCGAGGUCUAUGCGGAUUUCCCGAGCUACCGUUCCGGGGUGUAUCAGCACGUGGCCGGUGGAAUGUUGGGUGGUCAUGCGGUACGUCUGGUCGGUUGGGGCGAGGAGAACGGUGUACCGUAUUGGAAAAUAGCCAACUCGUGGAAUACUGAUUGGGGGGAACAGGGUUAUUUUAAAAUCCUUCGCGGACGUAACGAGUGUGGAAUUGAGAGUGAUGUAAACGCGGGACUGCCCAAGUUGAAAAAGAGGCGAAACACACUAAGAUUCUUCCCAUGA